AAGUUGUGCUCGUUAAGUAGCGAACUCAAUUUUCUAAUCGACGUUAGUCGACGAUUGUUCACCAAGGUAGAUCACAGCAAAGACGCCCCACUCUUAAAAAUAGAACUCGACGACAAUGAAAAAAGAAAGUCUAAUUGCAUUGGCCAUUUUCAUGGCAGUCUGGGCUGUCUCGCACGCAGACGCUUUAAACACCGGACAAGUGAGCCCAAUUUCAGAAAAGACCAGGACAUCCUGGAACAGAACUUUUACCUUGGACGAGGCGCACAAAAAGUGCGCUGAAUAUCUGAGAACGACACUCGCCGAAUUUCUGCAGAAAGUCAAUAAAACAGCCAACAAUGACGGCACUAAAAAUAUGGGGCAGAAAGUUGAGGACGAGUUGAAUAAGAAAAUUCACGCACUGAUGGGCAAAUGUGAUCCAACAACCCUCGGAGUGUCUCAAUUUGUUUCCACUAAGGUUGAACCAAAGGAGAGAAGUCUAAGAGUUGAGCAACUGGUGAUCCAGAAAAUACAACUGACGCCCAACUUGAGGAAGGUUGGCAGCAGUGACAACAUUCCAAUGAAUUGUACCAACACGGACGUAACGCCCAAACCAGUCAUGGCUAUGAGAACUUUAUCGAGUAUGGAAUGCAUGGAAAGUCAAGCAGAUUUAGUUGCCGAGUGGUUGAAUCAGAAAUAUCAAUUGGACGACAACGCCAUCCUGAUCGAAGACUUGCGGAAGGAGUUGGCCGCGUGCAAACUGAAUUUCACCACCAUUCACAAUGCAGACGUGAAGAAGAUAGCAGACGAUAAAUAAAGAAAUGGAUCAACUUAGAAAAUCUCUCGCCGACAAGGACGCAGAAAUCGCUCGAUUGAAAUCAGAAAAGACGGCCGUAGAUCAAAACAACCAAGAAAUUGAGUGCAGAGAAAGUCGAAUGUGAAAACCAAGUUAAGAUUCUUAAAGGACAAGUUCAGACACUGGAAACGAGCGCGACCAAACUCAUUGAGAAAACUCUGUGCGAAGAACAGAAAAAGCAACAAGAACAAAGUCUGACGAUGAAAUGCGAUGAAGAAAAAAAGAUUAUCGCUGCUGGUGCGACUGAAUGUGCCAAUAAAGUGGAACAACUCAAAAAUGAAAUGUCAGUGCUGAUAACCCAAAGAGAAGCUGAAGGCAAACGAUGUUCGGAUGAAAUAAAAACGCUGACCACUACAAUAUCGAAUUCUGUCGAUAAAGCCAUUCACGAAGACCUCAAACGUCAAUGUGAACAAGAAACAAACGAGAAAAAGAAAUGCCAAGAAGAAAAGGCUAUUCAGAAAACUACAAUUGAUAAUCUUACAACGCAGCAACAACUGCUCAACGAAUCGUGUUCGACGAGCCUGUCUGCCAACAUCGUGACAAUCAAUAAUCUCCAAACUUUGCUCGAAAAUGAGAAGAAUUCUGCAACUUCUCUUGCCACACAAUUGCAACAAUGCAACCAAAACGCAGUGGAUUGCGCGACAAAUGCCAGCCAGAAAGAACAGGAAUGGGCUAAAAAAGAAAGUGAACUACAGGGUGAAAAUAAAAAAUGUCAAGACGAAAAAGCUAGUCAGAAUAUUAUGAUUGAAAAUCUCAAAAUACAGCAACAGCAAGUUAACGAAUCGUGUUCCGCGACCCAGUCUGCCAACAGCCUGACGAUCAAUAAUCUACAAACUUCGCUUUCAAACGAAAAGAAUUCUGCAGCUUCUCUUGCAGCACAAUUGCAACAGUGCAACCAAAACGCAGUGGACUGCACGACGAGUGCCAACCAGAAGGAACAGGAUUGGAUUAAAAGAGAAACUGAACUACAGGGUGAAAAUAAAAAGUGCGCAGAUGAAAAGGCUAGCCAAAAGAUUACUAUUGAUAAUCUCAUAAUUCAGCAACAACAAUUGAAUGAGUCUUGUUCGGCGAGCCAAUCUGCCAACACGUUGACGAUCGAUAACCUACAAACUUCACUUGCGACCGAGAAGAAUUCAGCCUUCUCUCUUGGAACACAGUUGCAGCAAUGCAACCAAAAGACAGCCGAAUUAAUGACGAAUGUUGGCCAGAAGGAGCAAGAGUGGACUACGAAGGAAACUGAACUGCAGGCUGAAAAGAAGAAAUGUGACGAUGCGAUAACUAAUCUCCAAAUAGGCAUUCAACAAGCCAACGCACAGCACGCGAACGAAUUAAAGACAUGCCAAGAUAGCAAUGCUGCUUCCAAAUCAGAAACGACUAGACUUGAAGUUGUAGUUAACGAG